CUCGUCAAUACUCGUCAUGUAUUCCAAAAUAACCAGAAAUUGACGACAUAAUGACGUCAGAUAAAUGACGCCAAAAUGAUGUAAUAUCAUAUCACGUCAUUUUAACGUGAUUUUCGGGUGAUAUAAUAUGUAUAAGAACAUUAUGAAUUUUUUUAUUGCGUUUUCACGAUAAAAUUAAUGUUUUCUAACUUCGCGCGAUAUAUACCAAAUUCUACUACUCAGUUCGUUCGAUUUUAUCCGUAUAUUUUAACCGAUCAACUACUUUAAUUGAUAUUUGACGUUUUUGGUUUUGAAAAAUUGUGAGGUUAUGAUCGUGGCGUGGGGUCGAGUGGUUUGGAGGGAAAACGGAACGAAAUAAUAAUUAAUACCUGUGAUUAAUACCAAUUUCCCGUCUUCAUGUGGUUUUUGAUUAUGGAAUGGCGAAUGGCGGUAUGAUAUUAAAUAGAUAAACAAAGGACAAAGGAUUAGUAUUGCUGUGACUGUUGAUCUUCGGUGUUAGGUGCUACUAUAUUCUAUAUUCUUGUAGAUAAGUGCAGGGUCAUCUUUCUGGUAAGUAUUAUAAAUUAUAAGUGUAAUAUUUACAAUUUUUUCAAUUUAAUUGGGCAUUAUGUCGUCAAUCAAAGAGUCUCCAUACACUUUUAAGGAAGUACCUAAUGUAAUGAUAUCCUGAGGGCUAUCCAUAUAGUUGUAAAUCAAUACAUUUUAUCUCAAGACGUUUUCUAUACCUAUUUGUUUAUCAUAGAACAAUUCAAUUUAUCAGAUGUAUAAGUAAGUCGAGGUGUAAGUGUAUAUAUUAUCUGACCAACGAAUCUGAAGCUACGGGGCAUCGGUGAUUCCAAUUAUCUCUCCGUCACUAAGUAUACCUAAAUUGGUUACCCCUAAAUUACCUAAUUCUUAAAUUUUUGUGUUUAAUUUGUAUUUUGUUUGGAUUUUUUUUCUAUUUUUGUAGUGUUGGUGUUGGCUUAGAAUAAAUCUGUAGUGUACGUUAUCCAUACAAGAUGACUUAUGUGGGAGUGGAAUUUUUAGACAAUGGUGGAAUAGGUUUGGUCCACUCGUCGUGGCUUACCCCUUUGAAGAAAGAGGCAUUUUGGCCACCUUAUAAAACAUCUAAUCUUUUCAAUAGAGCAAUUUCUACUCCUGAAGAACCUAGUCAGAGUAGUUGGAAAUUAUAUCCUGUUAAACGUUUGUUUUUUGAAUGUGACAGCUUAGAAAAAGCUCAAAAGAAUUUAAAAAAGUGUGAAGAAACAUCAGACAUACAGUCAUCAGAAUCUGACUCAGCCUUGGGCACUAGAAAAAAAUUCAGUGUGAAGAGGUAUUUAUCUGAUUAUUCCACCAGUGAAGGUGAAGAGGAUGAACCACUUUCAAAAUUUCCAAGGCCGCCUACUUUUCCAAAAGUAAAACCUGAUGACUCAAAUUGUCAGAAAACAUUGAAAACCCCAUCAGCUAGGGGUUCCAAUAGUGAUAUUUCUGUAUCCAACAAAAUUACUCCCAAUACCCAAACAUUGAGAGAAAAUUUGAAUGUGUCACAUGAUGUGUCAUCACCAUCACUUAUUGAUGAAGAUCAAGAUAUAACUUUGACACCUUGUAUUCAAUCAACUUUAUCUGACAGUAAUAGAACUGAGACUAGAACCAUAACUGUGUCUGCUAAUGGUUUGGACAAAAUUUUUAAAGAGGUGAGAAAAUUAAGGGAAGAAAUAAAAGAGGUUAAGGGAUUACUUAAACAAACAAGGAACAUAACUACUGUUUCUUGUUUACCUGAUAUUCCAGUGGAAUUUCCUCUGGAAAGUAUUGCUAAUUUGCAAACCUUGGAGGAGUAUCUAAAUUCACAGGAGGACAGUUCCAAUGAUUUGGCUUCAUAUUUUUCAACGCUAGGGGGUAAUGGAAUCCCUGCUCAGGUCAAUAGAAUUUUGAGAAUGGUCAUGUCAGAUUUUUUAGCUACACAUUAUAAUUUUGCCGGGCAACGAAAUAAACAAGCUUUCGGAAACACAAAAUUAGUGAAUGUCAUCAUACGCGCCAUACAGAUUAAAUCUCCAUCUACAACUACAGUGGUUAUUGAGAAUGCAGUAAAAACUUGGUUGAAGCAUGCUAAGCAGAGAAUGGAAAAGAAGCAUAAGCAAGGACAAAAGUUUACUCCUUAAUUUAUUUUAUUAUUACCUAAUAUCCAUGGCAAGAUUUGACGGAAGAUUAUGGUAAGGGAGGAUACCAAAAGAUGACGAAUUUGAGAUUAAGAUAUCCGCAUUUGAAGGUGUCUCUUGCCAUUGGAGGAUGGAAUGAGGGUUCAGCAAAUUAUUCUAAAAUGGUGGCAGACCCUGCAAGGAGAAGUAAAUUCGUCUCUAAUGCAGUGGAUUUCAUCAG